AGAGGCAGCGAGGAACUCAUGUCGAACAGUCCGAUGGUCGCCAAUGGAACGGGCCUUAGCCCGCACGCCUCGCCCACAGAGCUCACCGACGCCAAAAAGGCCAAGCUGGACGGCACAAUCAACCCACCUUCCCGGGUCGUGCACAUCCGGAGCCUGCCCGGUGAGGCUGGGGAGACGGACAUUGUGCAGCUGGGCAUGUCCUUUGGCAAGAUGACAAACGUCCUGGUCUUGAAGCAGAAGAACCAGGCAUUCUUGGAGUUCCAGGAUGAGGCCAGUGCCAUUAGCAUGGUCAGCUAUUUCCAGGCCAACCCUGCACAAGUCCGGUUCAAGCCAGUAUUUGUUCAGUUUUCCAACCACAAGGAACUCAAGACUGAUGCUUCUCACGCUUUUCAGAACGCCAACGCACAAGCGGCUCUCCAGGCUGCAUGUGUUGUCAUGGGAUCUGAGGAGCAGUCAACCAUCUUGAGAGUCAUUGUCGACAACGCAUUUUACCCAGUUUCCCUAGAAAUUUUACAUCAGUUAUUUAAUAAAUUUGGAAAGGUGUUGAAGAUCAUCACUUUUACAAAGAAUAACACAUUCCAAGCUUUAAUUCAAAUGUCAGAUGCCAUUUCUGCAGCUGCAGCCAAGACGUCUUUGGAUGGUCAGAAUAUUUACAAUGGCUGCAACACUCUGAAGAUUGACUACUCAAAACUCAGCAAUCUUAACGUCAAAUACAACAAUGACAAAAGCAGGGACUUCACGCGUCCUGACCUGCCAACUGGUGACCUAAACCUUGACGCAAUGAGCUUGGGAGGUUCUUCUGGGGUUCUGGUGUCCCCUGUGCCUACAUACCAAGGACUUGCCCCAGCACAGCUCACUGCCGUGGGAACAGUGCCCGCUCAACAGACGGCAGUCUCCUCUUUUCUUCCUGCCCAUUCCCACUACCAACCAGCACCGGGCUAUGGCAUUCCAGUUAUGUCACAUUCAGGCGUCCCUAUGGGUGCAAUGAGUGCUCUAGGUGGGUUCGGCCUACCUCCAGGAGCUCUGGGUGCAGCACGAAUUGGUCUGCCCCUCACAGCAGCCAUGGGAAGCUCCGUGAUCCUGGUAUCAAACCUUGAUGAGGAGAUGGUCACGCCAGAUGCUCUCUUUACUCUUUUUGGUGUCUAUGGAGAUGUUCACCGAGUAAAGGUGCUGUUCAACAAGAAGGACAAUGCCCUGAUACAGAUGGCAGAUCCUCAUCAGGCACAGCUCGCCAUCACUUACUUGGACAAAGCCAGAGUGUGGGGAAAGCAAAUCAGAGUGGCCCAGUCCAAGCAUCAGGUGGUGCAGAUGCCAAAGGAAGGACAGUCGGAUGCUGGCCUGACCAAAGACUACGUCAACUCCCCUCUUCAUAGAUUCAAGCGUCCUGGUUCCAAGAACUGUCAGAAUAUUUUCCCCCCAUCACAAGUUUUGCAUCUAUCCAACAUUCCAGCUCACGUCACGGAAGAAAACCUGAGUACUUGGUUCAGUGACCAUGGAGCUGUUAAGGCCUUCAAAUUUUUCCCGAAAGACCGGAAGAUGGCUCUGCUUCAAAUGAGCACAGUGGAGGAAGCCAUUCAUGCACUUAUUGCAAUGCACAACUACCAGAUGGGAGAAAGCUGUCAUCUACGGGUGUCUUUCUCCAAGUCAACCAUCUAGUUCAUGAUUUGACAUAGAUAAACCGUUGGCUCAGAAUGCACAACAUGUUCAAUCCUCUGAAACAAAAGGAUCCAUACAGACUGAGACAGCAUUAUAAUUCAUUUCUACGUAUAAAACAAAAAGUGAUGCGUGUGGAAAAGCGGUUUGAACAGCCAUGCUGGAAACGACUUUUUCACCUGUCUGUAUUUUUUUUGUUAUUAUUCUAUGUCCUUUGUAGACCGCAUGAGGGGAAAGGAAAUUUUACAUGUACAAAUAUGCUACUUUUAUUUUUUGGACAUCGAGGGGAAAAAACAGCCCUUUAAAGUCGAGGAAAAAAAUGUCAUUGGUUCUGAAGAUCUCAACUACAUCAUCUGCUGGGAGCUGCGGCAAAAAAAUCACCCCAAAAACUUGUCAUACGAAUGAAAUCUCAAACAUUUAGUAAAAUGCAUUUAAUCAAACAUGCAUAUACCUCAGUAGUUUAUGUUAUGUUUUUAUAAAGUUAAAUUUCAAGGGUUUUGAGACAAGAUGAAGAGAAGGGCGUCCAUGUAGUGAAGUUGUAAGAUUGCAUGUUGUCAAAGAUCUGAUGGCAAGUUCUCCAUGUCCAACUCUCAGCAGUUGACGCAGUCAUGAAUUGUGUGAAAUGUUCUGAGUUGUGUCCCGCAACACUAUGUAAGUAUUGGAAACUCCCCCUCUAGAUUUGUUUCCUAACUGGUAGUCAUUGCUAAUGUGCACUUGAUGUCUUCGUAUACUUAUUGUUUUGGAUGUGUUUAUUUUGGAGAAUCCAUCAUUGUAAACAUAUCUUUUUUUUUAAACUGAGUAAAAAAAACAUUUAAAUUACAAAAUACUAGAUGUGAACUUAAGAGGAGAAAGGUCGGAAUCAUCUAAACUACUUUUACUAAUGAAUUAUUUGUAUUUGAUUUUCCAAAGCCCUUGCAGGAGAAACAUUUUUGCAGUAAAAAUGAGAAGAAAGUAUGCCACAGGCUAUCAUCUACCUCAUGACAGUCAAAUUUUGUUUCAAGAUAGAAGACAUCACUUGUCAAUAGUAACGUAAAUCUCAAAGAUCACAUAUAGAUUACGGAAGUUCUUGUCAAGAACAAGUUUUCCUGUGAGAGAUCAACAUUGUCUUUCCAUUUUGUGGGUAGUGAAUGUGGACACAGAGUACAUUGGAUUAAGUAUUGAAACUGGCAUAUAAUUUGACUUUUCAAAUAGCCUUUACUUGGUUGAAUUUAUUGUUUAUAGAAUUUUAUAAAACUGAAAGUCUAAUUUAAAAGAGAUAAGUGUCUUUUUAUCUAAAUUUGUUUAUAUAAUGUGUCUAAAUAACAACAACCUUUGUUUCUCUAAUUUUGUGUCGACUUCAUGUCAGAUGUUUCAAUUUAAAAAUUGAUUAAUGCAUUCUUCUGAUGUGCAAUACAGCUGUGCAACAGUUUUGUUUGGACCACAAAUUUUGUUUUAUGAAAUUGGUUUCAUAAAUUGCUUUCAUUUCUUCUUUCGAAAAGAAGUGGAUGCAUUUAUUGAGAGCUGUUUGUGAUGUUUCCCUAGCAAACAAUCACAAAGACCUAUUAAGCUUCACAAAGCCAAAAAGGAGAGGAUAGGAGGGCUGGGGCAUCCAAAUGCUGUUCAUCUGGAAGAGGAAGCAUCAGCAAGUUAUGAAUACCAUUUGUUUCUUUCUGAAAUAAGCAGCAGGUCAUUAGGCGAUUACAGGCACAUUAAUGUUUGCAGUACUUAACAAAAUCAUAUUUUUCAUGAAUUUGUCUGGUUUUUAUCAUAUAUAGCAAAAGAAAUAGAUAUUGCAGCUGUGUCUGAAAGACUGUAACAUUCCUGCAAGGGUUAAAAUUUAUCUUGGACACUUUUCAAUGGAUGGAUGUAAAAUACAUUUUCUAAAGAACAAUAUUGCCAACAGUAAAUUCAGUGAACAUGAGUGCAUUUAAUUUGUUUGUUAUUCCAAAUCCUUUUUUUUCCCCCCAUUUUUUGUUUGUUUUUUGAUUGAUUGAAAAACAUGGUAGGCCCUACACAUUGUGCUUUUUCUUUGAAAUAUGUGAUUUGUUAAGAGUGCAGAAAUUGACCUUGCAAAAUUGUUCAAAUAGAAUCAGACAGUUAGGAGAUUGUCCGUCUCAUGAGUUUCACCACAGGUGUCUUGUCUUUUUCUCACCGAAAUGCCAAGGCAUAUUUCAAAUGGUAUUAAUGUUGUAUAUAUACAUAUAAAUAUAUCUUUUUAGAAUACUGAUUGUUUUCAGCAUCUGCAAUAAUUGCAUAGUACUGGAACUGAUCUGAUCCAUUCGUAAAGGGGGGAAAGCUACAGAACACCAAGGUACUCUUUUAAUGCCUGACUAGUGCUACCAUAGAGAACUACCCACAGGGUACCAUAGAUGGGCUAGCAAUGAUCAAGGGUGUGUGUUCAAGUCUUUGCCCAAAGUGCCUUUCUCAAUGGAUAUUUUUUAACAAGUACAAUGGCAGUGCCUUUACUUAUAAGUUUGGUUUUACCACGUUUCAUUUUGAUCUUCUUUUUUAAAGGCAGACUUAUAAAAACAUGAAUGUAACGUUCACAAUACGCUUUGCAUCAGGGAGAUGUUAAAGAAGCCAUUUCUCGACUUUGAUAUUUGAAUAUUUUGUAAAUUAAAUGCUUAUUCCAUGCACACAAUGCAUUGCUGUUAGUUAUGUAGUUCAUAAGCAGUUGCUACCAGGAUUGUGUGAAAAUGAAUUGAAAUGUGUGUCUCUUGUUUGCAUUAUACAUGGGCUGAUGAAAAAGGCUAUGUCUUUGAUGAGCUUGACUCAUCUUCUAAUAUAAAAGAAUUAAAGGCCUUCAGAUUUUUUCUCUGUGUACCCAUCACAAUGAUGAAAGAUGAAAGAGCUUGCCUCAUGAAUGAACCUGUCCCCACAGAAGUAUUGCCAAUGACUUGACUCCGAAUUGGCCAUAGUUUUGAACUUAUCAAAACAUUUUUAAAACUGCCAUACUGUUACAACAAAAUUCCAAGAUAUCAUUUCUAAAUACUGCCCUUUGGUUCCAUGAGUCAAGAUGAAAAAGAAAAAAAAUACAUAGCUUAGUGAAAUCAUAGGAAGAUAACGGUUUCCAUUUUCACAUGUUCAGUUUCCCUCUAUAGAUUUUUUUUUAAAGGCUGGAAAAAAAAAAGAAAAUGUUCGACAGUGCACAAAGUGUCAAUAUUCUCAGUGAAGAAUAUGUGAGGCUGAAUUGUCUGUUGCAGAAUGGACAUUUUCUCUGGUGGCAGAUUGGCGUGCCUUAAUGUAUCUGAAGUAGCUGCUGAGAAGGAAAUCACUAGGAGAUACAGUAGGAGUUUGGACAACUUUACUUUUACUGAGAAAGACAAGUGUUACAUCAGAUGUAUUUAGGUUAGAGAGCCAACAAAAUAACUCUGAGUUUUUGGAUUGGGUAAUUUUCCUAUGGCUUUUUUAGUUUGAUCAUUAAGACACAAGAGUUCUGUUCAUACAUUGAGACAUGACAAGUAAAAAAAGUUUAUUCCUUGCAUCUUGAAGGGUUGUUAUUUGAACUGUUUUUAAUGUUUAAGAUUACUAACACAUUACCUAUAAAUUAUUUUCUCUAAGAGAUCGUAUAAUCACAAUGUGUUGCAAACUGAUUUCAGAGAGAGGAUCGAUUGUCUUGAUGAGGUUUUUAAAACUGUAAUACAGAUUUAUGUUUAUCACAACAUUAUAUGAAUUUUGCAUCAGUACUUUGACAAGUGCUGUUUUAGCCCUUGUUUUUAUCUUUGAGCAAGAAUUUUUUCAGACAGGUACAUUUUAUAAGAGUUCAGUCCUAAAUUAAUUCUUAGGCAAUGCCUGAUCCAAUUGAUCCAAAGGGGAGGGGGGGGGUGAGGGAUAUCUGGGUUGUUUUUGUUUGUUUGAAACAAUAAUUGUUUGUGUCCUUAUAAGACCUCAAGAUUUUGCAAACUUUGUUAGACAUUGUUUGUAUAUAUGUUAUAUGUGGAAUAUUAUGCAAAUCUUUUAUGGAAGCAAAACCUCAAUGUCAGAGCACUGCAAUGUUUGAUGAGUUUUUUGUCGACAUACAACCAAGUAUUGCCACAAAUACAUCAGAGUUGAGUAUGUCUUGAUAGUCAAAACUGAAAUCUAGAGGUCAGUGUCACAAUUUUUAUUUAUUUCACUUUAUUUUUUUUGUCAAAUUAGUACGGGUUUUGUGAGUUGUUGACGAUAUGCACAGAGGAUAAACUGUUGCCAAUAUUUGCAUUUGUUGUUCAGUGGAGAACAGUAGGAUCAUUUCGCUGAGAACUCGUAAGCCUGUCAUUUCAAUGUUUAUGCCUUGAACAGGGCAUGUUUUAUUGUGAUGCAUAAUUUUUUAUCUUUUUUUUUAGUUAUUGGAUAAAAUUUGAACAGAUGUUGUUCUCCAUGUCAUUCAGUGGGGAUAAUAAUAUAUAAUGUGAUAAGUCAUUGUUUAUACAUGCAUUUUUGAAACAUGAGCUUUGUUGAAAAGAAUAUAAGCAAAUAGGUGUUGAUGAUCUGCAUAAUUCUAAGUUGCUAAGAUUUUCUUUCAUUUUGAAAAGUAUGUUGUUUGUUAAUAUGAGAUCGUGAAUUUGGUUGUAUAUGAAAUCCAAGUAUCAUCUAGACUUAAUCUUUGAUGUGCAAAGCUAUUUCCCCAUCUUUCUUCACCUGCCUAAAGUGCCCUCUCAAGUCUAUGAUUCAGUGACCAUUCAUGUAGUGUUUACAAAGUACUGGUUUAGAAAUAAUGUUUCUCUGCAGUGUUCCUCGUGCCACAAGAAAUGACCGCACGCCUGUUCAAGAUUUUAUUUUUAGGACCUAGAGACUGUUUUUCCGUUUGUACAUACCGUUCAUUUAUUCUUUAUUGCAUGUAACUCUUUUAUUUCUUUUCUUUAGGAAGAAUGUGGAUAUAGACAUUUUUACCUUUCUUCUCAUUGGCUUUUCUGCCCUAUGUUUAGAGAUUUAGUGUUAAGAUUGUGUUCUGUAUAAGAUGUACCUUUUUUUCAGAACUAUUAUUCUUAUAUCUGUAGACGCACCAUUUUAACGAUUCAAUUGUCAUGCUAAUUAGUCAAUUAGGAGGAAUUGCAAUCCUCAGUAAUGAUUUAAGAUAAAACCACAACUGUAGCUAGUGAUUCAGUAUGCAGAUGGCAAUGUUUUUUUGUGAUUCAUAAAAAAACAUAAGAGGCACCUCAUCAAAUCAGAGAAUAUUGUUGAAGGAAGUUUCAUGGAACUGCAGAAAUUUCAUUCAAACUGGAAGAGACAUGGGACAUGCCCUGGCUGGUUACGCUGUGCAGGAAAUGUCUGUGUACUUAGAGCACUGACUUUUUCAUGCUAUUUGAACUUUUUUUUUUUUACUUUGAGAGGGAAAAGGUGGUCUGCCGUCUGCCCCUGUAUAUUCUUCAACUGAAGAUGUUUAAUGCUAAUGAUAUGAACCUAUCUCCUUAAAGGAAAGCAUGAUAAACAUAGGUAUAUGUCUGUAUAGAAACUAUGUGUAUACACACAUUACUAUCUAUAUUUAUUCAUAAUGAAGGCAGACAGGGUUCAUUAAAUGCCAUAAAUAUUAAACAAAUUUAUAUGAGAUUUCAUUUUGUAGUGCCAGUUUCCUCCGUCUGAUCCCACAUAAAAGGAACUUUUAUUAUCAGGUGCCUUUAUACAUACUAUGUGCAAUGGAAACUUUCAAUUUCCUUUCCGAAGUAAAAAAAGACACUUGAGUACAAUUACAAAGAAGAAACUUCUCAUCAUUUUCAUUGCCUGUACGUCUAUCAGAGCAUAUAUCAAGUGCAGUUUUAGUCGGUAAAUGCUUUCCAUAGCAAAAUCAAUAUGUGGAGUCGAGGUUUUUCGCAGUUUUGAAUUGCCCGUUGGUAAGGAUAAACAUAAUAUAAUAUGCUUUUGAAUUCUUAAUACAAGUUUGCAAUGCAUGUUAUGUUGCUUUUUGGAUUUGCAUGAGUGAUGGAUUAUUUCAUGUUGAUGUGUGACUCACAGAUGUUUUGAGUGACUUUAUAACUUAACGUGGAUAUUUUAUGAGCAGCAAAAUUUUCAGUUUCAAAUCAAAAGCAGCUUAUCAUGCAAGUCUUGAGGCAUUCACUUGUUCUAUUUGACGUAUAUGCUUUUGACAGGAACUUAUAUAUUUUGACAUGGGUUUGACUUGUGUGUGAUGUGUAGGUAUUUAAAAAUUGUUAUGAAUGGCGCUUGAUGGUUUGUUCUUAAUAAAGUGAUCUCAUUCAUAACAGGAAAUUAAAACCACAGGACAUUUUUUGUAUGUCAUUUGACGCUUGAUAAUGAUUUACCUCACCACAAAGACAAUACUGAAUAUUUAAACAAAAAUGAAUUCCUUCUCGGACAUGAGAAAUAUUUCUAAACCAGUCAUGAUAUUAGCUAAAGAAGCUGUAGUACUAAUGUCAAAGUGUGGUUUUUGAGUUAGUAUUGUGAUGUAAUUUGUAAUCUUUUCACUUUUGUUGUAAUAUGUGGCAGAUUUCAGUGAACGUGGAUUUAGUCAAAAGAAAUUACUCACAAUAAAGACAUGUGUGUUAUCCUGUUUACAUGUCUGAUUGUAUCAACACGCCUUCAUGACUUACUGUGCUUUUGAUGUCAUACAAAGGAAUAGAAUAUAGCUGAAAAGAAUGACUGCAUACCGUUGGUCGGGCUCCACAUAGUUGAUAUGGUUUGAACUUUAAAGAAAAAUAUAACCAUUACAUACACAGUACCUAAACAAUAAUAUGCAAUUAUUUAAAUUACAUAUAUAGGAACCAAGUGGAUUGAAAAACCAUAGCACAAUUUGUGUUUGUUGAAACAAUAUUGUUUUGCAAUGAUUUAGGGGAUAGAUAUAUCCUGAAUUGACUGAUCACAAAUUUUAAUUAGUGUAUGUCAUAACUGUAUUCCUUUUUAUCAAUGCACACAUAUGAAUGAACGUGAUAUUUACUACCAUUUUUUUUUUCAAGUUACAAUUUUAUUAGUAUUCCCACACAUACAUUUUUGCUUUUGAACCACUGUCACGGUAUUUCACACACCAGGAAGUGAAUAGACAUUUUUUGUUGAAGGUGUUAAUACUCCUGUGAGUGAGGUACUGAUGUAACCAAGUGUUCUUGUUCAUCUCAACAGUGACGACCCUUCAGAUUUUGAUUGUGUCCGAUAUGCGAGCUCAGAGUGAUAUGUGUGAAAUGUCUGUGGAUGUUUGAUAGUGGAAAUGUACCAGAGAGGCAACAAGUUGAACAAUUGUUUUAUGUUUAAAAAAAAAACAUCUCAGAUUUUUAUAUUGUUACAUGUAUAAUAUCUAUCUAUCUAUCUACCUAUCUAUAUAUAUAUACAUGUUUGAGUGUGUUUGCUAUGUUAAUUGAUUUAAAACAAUAUACAAAAAGGAAAUCUAGUAAAAACAUUAAUAAAAAGGAAUUGCAUUUUUCAUUAUUUUGCAACGGUUGCAAUAUUAAGUUCAUUAAAAAUUUGUUUUCAUUGACAUAAAGCUAUGACAGUGGGUUUUUACACAUAAUAUUUGUUUUGUUUUGUUUUUUGGUUUUUUUUCUUUUCUUUUGCUUUGUACUGGACGAGUGAAAUGUUUGCGAUAUUUUUGCAUCAGAUAAAUUGUACUCAUAGAGAAUUUUUUUGUGAAUCUGUUGACUUUUUCUGAGUUGUAGGCACUCCCUAAAGCCCAUCCCACUGUUCCUCUCAGACUAACUCUGUGUCUUUUGCACUGUAGAUGUAUUUUCCUCUUCACUACUGUUGCAAUGCAUUAACCGACCUGAUGUUGCACAUAUGUUUUUCCAAUUCUCUCCAAGCUGUAUUUUCUGUAUUUUAGUUUUGCAAUGCUUAAGGUCGGCUAUUUGGUUCAAGGGAGCCCUUUUCUGCACUGCUGCAAAUGUGCAUACUCCAUCAUACAUUUGGAGACAAAAUUUCUCUCAGUCAAGAUCACAGCACAUAGUUUUGUUUGUACUGAUGAGUUACAACGUGUAGGAAAUAAUGUCUUGAAACUGAUUGCCAGAUGUAUUCUUUGUUCUACAGCUUGAAGCUUUAUCCUAAAAAAAAACCCACAGUUUCUUCUAUUCCUUUGAUUUAUGUUAAAAAUGUGGCAUUCGAAUCUUGCAAAGAGCAAAAAACUGAUUAUCAUUUUACCCCAACUUACUGUGCUCAUUUUGAGCAUUUUAAAUUUCAAAUCAAUUUUAAAACUUUAGAACUGGUUUCAGCCGAGUUAUGAUGUAAAUGUUUACAGACAUUUUAUCAUUUUUCCACAUCAAAGAGUGCUUAAAUGUGAUCGUCAAGUUCUUAUUCUGUUCAGAAAGAGUAUCCCUAGUUUCCAAGAGUGGUCAGGUUAAAUUUGACCAAAGCCACAAGGAAGUCAAGCUUUUUGCAGAUUCGACUGCUACUUUUGAAAAUCUUUUUGCAUCAUUUGUUUACAAUUUCCUUUCACCUUAUUAUACUCUGAUUAUGUGUAUUAACUAAUCUCUUCAAACUAUCUAUUCACAUUUCAGCUUUGUAUCUCUUUCAUUGCUUGGAGCAUUAAUUGCUGGAUAGGGACAAAUAAACCCCCUUUUCAACAUUA